CUCAUUUGGUGGUCCUUCCAUCCAUUCGAUCCCUAUCGUCCUCGGGCGAUGCUGCGGCGGUAUCCUGUUCCGGCGAUCUCUUCCUCUUCGUAUUCGUGUUUCUCCUCUUCUCUCAAUCUCCUUCUCCGAAGCCCUACUCGGUGCAGGGUUCCUCGAAGAGCCCUCUGCUGCUGCAAUCAAUCUACCGGGCCGGAAUCGCCGCCUCCGCCGGUUGUGAUCCGAGCCAACCAUGCGGGGUUGAGGCUGGAGGAAAAGGUCGAGGUCGGGUUGCAGAAGACGAGGAUUGAUUCGUGGAUUUCCUCCCGGAUUCGUGGCGUCAGCCGAGCUCGGAUCCAAUCCAGCAUCAAGUCUGGCCUCGUUUCGGUCAAUGGUCGAACCGUUAAUAAGGCUUCCCAUGUUGUUAAAGGAGGGGACAUGGUUUACUGCAUGGUUUCUAAGUUGCAGCCUUUGAGGGCUGAGCCAGAAGAUAUACCUUUGGAUAUUGUAUACGAAGAUGAGCAUGUUCUAGUCGUGAACAAACCUGCACAUAUGGUUGUUCAUCCUGCACCUGGAAAUCCGAAUGGCACAUUGGUGAAUGCCAUUCUCCACCAUUGUAGGCUUCCAACCAUGGCAUGUGUAAAAAGUAACCAAGCAUCUGAAGCUGAUGAAUAUUCCGACUCUGACAGUGAAAUCGAAGACCUUUGUACCGAGCAGUAUACAGCUGAAGGAAUAGAUCUAGAAAAUUGUGAUGCUUUGAUUAGACCUGGUAUUGUGCACAGAUUGGACAAAGGGACAAGUGGCCUUCUUGUUGUAGCCAAGGAUGACCAUUCACAUUCCCACCUAGCUGAACAAUUCAAACAACAUACCAUCCACAGAGUGUACAUCAGUCUUACUUCUGGCAUCCCUAACCCAAGUUCUGGAAGAAUAGAGGUGCCAAUAGCACGCGAUUCUAAUAACAGGAUCCGAAUGGCUGCUGUGUCUGGUUUAAACAACAGUAGGCAUGCACGCUAUGCUGCUAGUAGGUACAAAGUAAUUGAGGAUUUUGCUCGCGGGGGAGCUGCAAUGGUGCAAUGGAGAUUGGAAACAGGACGCACACAUCAGAUCCGCGCACAUGCAAAGUACCUUGGGAUUCCCUUAUUAGGCGAUGAAGUUUAUGGAGGCACAAAAAGCAUGGCGUUGUCGCUUCUUCGACCAAGAAUACCAUCUUCUCUCCAUGGUCACCUCACAAACAUUUUGUCGAAGUUAGAGAGGCCGUGCCUCCAUGCUUUCUCACUAGGAUUUAAGCAUCCUCACACAGGUGAAUUCCUACGGUUUUCAUGCCCUCCACCUGAAGAUUUUUCUGAGCUGCAAUUCUUUAAAUAUUAUAACAAAGGAGAACACAAUGCACAACAUUUUGAAACAAUUUCUAGCUAGGAAUAAAUUGCGACCGGUAGUAUGGAUGGCAUGAGGGUUUACUUGAUGCUUUUGGGAAGGAACCUAUGUAUGAAUCAGGAAGCCAUGAUUGAUUCUUUUCAAGUUUUAGUUGACGUCUCAACAAUAGACCAGUGGCAUGGCUGAAAUCCCAUCGAGAUAUGCAGAUCUGGUGGAAGCACUGAAAUGCGAGAAUAUCACGUUGAAUUGUGUUCAUCAACAGCAAUUUGAAGCUGAUGAACGGGAAGAUCUGCUAGCAAUCUUUGUGAGACAAAAAGGAGAAAAAGAUAGCUGGAGUUUUGGUAGUUGCAGAACACCAACACUAGUAUCGUCUUCCUUUUAUUCUUCCUCUCCUCUAAUUGGCGCUUGCACUGGUUGGAACUCAAACUAUUUUAUUCUGUGCCAUAAAUAAACUAAGAUGAUGACAAUGUACGAAAUUCUUGAGUUUUAGUGGGGAGAGCACAUACUUAUCCUUCGUCUGUCA